UAUACAGACGUUGAGUGCACCCCCAUGUGGCGGUGCAGUCGGUAUGCAACGCAGUCUUGAGUUCUCCAGACAACGCCCUCCUCGAUGGCUGAAGGAGGCACGGAAGAAAAUGCCAAGGAGGCCGUUGUAAGCACCUUAAAUCCUGAAGCUGCCGAGUUCAAGCCUGGUGCCAAGCUCUUUGAGAGGACCGAUGAUCCUGCGGAGGCUCCAGCGUCUUUGGUCUUUGGAGGGGGUGGCCAUUUCUUAUCCAAGUACACCGACCGCGAGAGCAAGCUUCGGCGGCGGAAGGAGGGGGACGGUGCAGGUGCCGCGCCUCAGCCAGACCGCGUGAACGUGCAGUUGAACCAGCUCAUCGUUCAUGCAGGCACGCCGGAGCGGAUUUUGCAGGUCGUGGACGAAAACUUUGAACAGCUGAACGUGGUGAAUCUCAUCACCGCUUUGCAUCGCUUGGCCACCGUUUCCUUAGCCUCUCGAAAGGCUGCGGUGCGCCGGGAGUUGCGCUUCCGACGGCUGGUGACGAAGCUGUCGGACACGGUGCGGAAAGCUGACCCUGCGUCGCUGAAGCCGCAGGACCUCUCAAAUGUGGUUUGGGGUCUCACCAAGCUGGGCGUCCAAAAUGGCGUCCUCUUCAACCUCCUGGCCGAGCGGAUCCUGCUUCGCUUGGAGGCCUUCAAACCGGUGAACCUCUCGAUGACCCUGUGGGCCUUUGCGAGGUCUGGGAUCUACGAUGAGAAGCUCCUGGCGGCCACCAGCGGCGAGGUCAAGCGACAGCUGAAAGACUUCCAGCCGCAGCAGGUGGCCAACACCGCCUGGGCUUUUGCCAAGUGCGGCUACGUAGACCAGGAGCUGUUUGCCUUGGCUGCGGAGCAGGCCUUGGCAGAGCUGGACCAGUAUCAGCCCAUGAACUUUUCGAUGCUUGUUUAUGCUUUCGCCUUGGCCAACCAACGCCAUAGCCAGCUCUUCGAGGAGGUCGCCAAGAGAUGUACCGUUCCAACGUUGAAGUUCUCCUUGGCCGUGGCGGUCCUCAGACUUUGUUGCAGCUUCAUCCUGAACUUCUGCAAACCUUAUCAGAAGCUCCUGCGGGAAAAGUCUUUACUUUCCCAGGUUCGAGACACGGUUUUAAACGAUGAUCCGGUGCAGUCCAGUAAGGCUGGCUGUGACCGGCGAGUGAUCUUGAAGUUCACCGACCUGCACCAGGAGGCCGCGAUCAUGGCAGCCUUGCGGCGGAUGAACGAGUGCUGGCGGGCCUUGGACAUCCGCGUGUGCGGUCAGUUGGUGCAGACGGUGACCUAUGGGAUCGAUCCCUUGAUGGAUGCGGCUGGCCUGGUGGAGGCCGUGGCAGACUGUUGGAACCUGCGGGAGCUCGCGCAGGAGUCGUCGCAGAGGCAUUUGCGCAUUCUUCAGCGUUUGCCUGAUCCGACGUCACAAGACCUCUUGGCGGCCUCGACCGUGGCAUAUCUCACCUCGGGCUACGCCUUGGGACUCCGGGACAGCCACGAUGAUAACAUCAUGUUGCGACAAGACGGGUCCCUGUUCCGCGUGGACUUUGGCUAUGUUUUUGGGCAAAGCCCAGCACUAGACGCUCCACCCACCGUGGUGCCCAAUGCUGUGCUGGUGGCCCUGGGUGAAGCAAGGUGGAAAGAGGUGUGCAUUGUGUGCGAACGCGCGCUGAUGGCCUUGUCAACGCCUGGGGAGUUUGUGGGUUUUGCCUGCGUGCGCAGCGUGCCAGAGAUGGCACUGCUGCAUCACCAGGCCCAUGCUUAUGCACAAGGCCUAACACUGGAAGGCUUCCGCGAAGAGGUGCGAGCGUCCACAGAGUGGUCGGCCGCGCGCGCGGCCAAGAACCGCCUGCGGGAGGUGGUGCGCUACGUUCGUCGGACCGAGGAGGAGGAGCCUUCCCCGACACCCCGGAGCCUGGCGGCCCCUGCGAGGAGCGUCCGUGAGCUCCGAGAGCUCCGCUGGCUGCGUCCCGCGGAGGGCGAUGACGAGCCCGUCCUCUUCGAGGAGGACGAGGAUCCACCAGCGGCACUGUCGAGCGACUUGCUGGGUCUUCCAGAGCGACUGCCUGGACUCGAG